CUUCUGUCUGGUGAACGGUAGACUGACUCGAAAGCAGGAAAGUACCUUUUUUUAUUGUUUCAUUCAGUGCACAAGGGCAUGAGAGAAAAAACGUGUUCUUGACAGUAUUUACGUUGGAUACGGUGAUCGACACUUUUUUUUUUCUUCUUCUCCUGAGUUAGACCCGUCGCGGCUGAGCAUACCUUCUGCCUUCCCUCUCGGAGCGUCAGGUUUCCUGCUGCACACAUCUGGCUUUUCUUCUCUUUUUGGGCAGGAUUUUCAUUCCGGUGCUUUUUGGAUAUCAAAGUUGUCUGGAAAACAUUUUUUUAUUAUUAUUACUCUAACAGGAAGGCUGAUCCCGUUCUUAGCAGUUGCAAAAAAAAUAAUCCUAUAUGUAUAAAGCUCUCUUCAAAUACCUUUUGUUUGCUAUAAGUUCCUGCGUUGCCUGUAUAAGCAAAUCUGUUCCAAGAAGACUUUAUCAGCCGGUUGCAGCUCUGGGAUUUUCUUUUUCCUGUUAAGAGGCUCGGACAGGCUGGUGUGCUGAGACACGAGGACUCCUCUGAGCACGUAUGUGAGAGAUCUGGAGUGCCUGGUCGCGUUCAGCCUGGGGUUCAUGGUGGGCUCUGUUCCUCUGCUCCUGGCUUUUUGGACAAAAUGUACGAACGCCACAAGAGGCGAUACAGCCUGUGCGACAUUUCCAAGGUGGACAGGACUGUAGAUGUUGUGUUGUUAAAGAUAAACCGUGAAAGCUGGUGUUCACUGGAGCCAUGUGCUGAUUCUUCCCUGCUGGAACGCAAGCGAACACAGGAGUCUCCAGAAUGUGAGAACUUCUUGGAGGAUGGGCUGAGCAGCGUCUGUGCCUCGUCGCAGGGUGUCCUUAAAAGAGAGUCCGGGAGUGAAUCUGACCUCUUUCCCUUGGCUGGUGAUGGAAUGGAAGACCUUGUCUUUGGAAAGCAGCCUGAAGAGGAGCAGUCUGCAUGUGAUAUCACCAGCUCCAGUUCUUCUGCAGAUGACACCAUGUCCCUGGAGAGGAACUCAUCCCUGGGCAGCGACACAUCCCUUCCUUUCCCACCAACAGUGAACUUCAUCCAGCCCAAGGACAGGCACAGCCUAGAUGGCAGCUGCACCAACAUGGUGGCAACAGAAGGAGGAGAGAAGGAAGAGGAGCUGGACAGUAUAACGGAUGUGCCUACUCAUUCCUCCGUCUUACGAAACUCCAUGCGGCCACUGUCACCUUUUCGUCGACACAGUUGGGGGCCAGGGAAAAAUGCCACCAAUGAAGCAGAAAUAAAUCAGAGGAGUUCAAUGCGAGUUCUGGGGGAUAGUAUAAAGAAGCCUCCCAUUCAUAGGAGAAGUUUGAGCUGGUGUCCCUCUGGCGUACAGUUCAUUGCCAUGCGUCCUGACUUUACUUGUAGAAGUUACAGCCUAGAAGGCCUUACUGGAGACUCUGGUGAGAGCAAGAAGGCCUCUACAAAUUUGGAGGCUUCUUCUCUAAGCUCCAAAGACAGACGGAGUUCGCUUGCCAGCAAUCAGUGUGGGUCCCUGGUAUUGCUCACUGAAGAACUUGAGCAAGGAGAAAUCAGAGACUACGCUCACCAGAUGCGUCAAACAUCGCAGCCACAAGGAUUUAAUUUCUGUUCUUCCACUGUUUCAUCUCCACUGACCAAAUCUAUGUCUCUAAUGUCAAUUAGUAAACCAGUGCUGGACAGUACACAAGCGUUUGGCGGCCCCACGGGUUCCUCGGUUCAGAGCAUAUCUGAAGAGAACAGCAGUGUCCCUGCUGGUAAAGGUGCAACGAAAGUCAGUCGCACCUUCAGCUACCUCAGGAAUAAAAUGUCCAGCAGCAAGAAGAGCAAAGAAAAAGAGAAAGAUAAAGAGAAGACUAAAGAGAAGGACAAAGAUUCCAAGGAGAAGGAAAAAGAUAAGAAGCUGUUAAACGGACAUCUCUUCACUGCAACCUCUGUUGUAGCCCAAGCAACCUGUUACCACUGUAUGAAACCUUUCAAUAAGGAUUCGUACUACUGUGCAAACUGCAAUGCAAUUGUUCACAAAGGCUGUAAGGAGAGUUUUGCUUCUUGUGCAAAGGUCAAAAUGAAGCCACAGAGAGGGAUGUUGCAGGCACAUGAUACCUCUUCAUUACCCACUGUAACCAUGAGAAACAAAAGCUCACAACCGAAGGAGCGCCCUCGCUCUGCAAUACUUGCUCCUGACGAAAACACCGUAACCUCAAUAUUCAAUAAUAGGAGAUCACAACAGACUGCAGCACUUUCAAAAAGUGUCUCAAUACAGAACAUUGCAGGAGUUGGGAAUGAUGACAACUUAAUACACACUUGGAAAUUCCUGUCGCAGUCAACAGACUCUUUACAUAAAAUUAGCCGGGUGAAUGAAUCUAUGGAGUCACUGGUCGACGAAGGUGCGGACAUGAAUGAAGGACAGCUGAUGGGAGAUCUGGAAUUAGAUUCCAAGCAGCUGGAGGCAGAGUCCUGGAGCCAAGUAGUGGACAGCAAGUUCCUACAGCAGCAAAACAAAGAUGUUGUCAAACGGCAAGAUGUCAUUUAUGAGCUAAUGCAGACAGAAAUGCAUCAUGUCCGCACCCUGAAGAUCAUGAACGAUGUAUACAGUGCAGGGAUGUUAAAGGAACUGCAGUAUGAUCAACAAGUGGUGGACAAGAUUUUUCCCUGCCUGGAAAACUUGCUGCACAUCCACAGUCACUUCUUCCAGCGGAUUCUGGAAAGGAAGAAGGAGUCAUUGGCAGACAAAAGUGAAAAGAACUUUGUUAUCAAGAGAAUAGGUGACAUCUUAGUGAAUCAAUUCUCUGGUGAGAGUGCUGAGCGAAUGAAGAAAACAUACGGGAAAUUCUGUGGGCAUCACAAUGAGGCAGUAAAUAACUUCAAAGAUUUGUACUCAAAGGACAAGCGAUUUCAGGCAUUUGUCAAGAAAAAAAUGAGCAGCUCCCUGGUGAGGCGUCUUGGGAUUUCUGAAUGUAUCUUGUUGGUAACACAGAGAAUCACAAAGUACCCAGUCCUUUUACAAAGGAUACUGCAGUACACCAAAGAAAAUGAAGCAGAACACGAAGACUUGACUCAGUCAUUAAACCUCGUUAAAGAUGUGAUUGCUGCAGUCAAUAGCAAGGUCAGCAAUUAUGAAAAGAAAAUGCGUCUUGGUGAGAUUUACAACCGGACAGAUAGCAAGUCAAUCAUGAGGAUGAAGAGUGGCCAGAUGUUUGCAAGAGAGGACUUGAGGCAUCGGAAACUCAUCCGAGAUGGGCCUGUUUCACUGAAAAAUGCAGCUGGACGGUUAAAAGAAGUUCAGGCUGUUCUCCUCUCUGACAUGCUCGUAUUCCUUCAGGAGAAGGACCAGAAGUAUGUCUUUGCCUCACUGGACCAGAAAUCUACUGUGAUCUCUCUGAAGAAGCUGAUUGUGCGAGAAGUGGCUCAUGAAGAGAAGGGUUUGUUUCUGAUCAGUAUGGGUGUAAAAGAUCCCGAAAUGGUGGAAGUCCAUGCCAGCUCCAAAGAAGAGCGUAACGGCUGGAUACAAAUCAUUCAAGACACAAUGAACACCAUGGACAAAGAUGAGGAUGAAGGAAUCCCUUGUGAGUCUGAGUUUGAAAAGAAAGUGUCAGACGCAAGAGUGAGAGGACUGAAAGAACAACUUCAGCAGAAGGAUAAGCAGAUCCUCCUCUUGCUGGAGGAGAAGGCUAAGAUCUUCCGGGACAUGGCAGACAGUUCUGUGCAGGAGGACAUGCCAGGCUCCAGACUGCUCUUCAGAGCCAACACGGAAGAGGCACCCAAAGGAGAGGCCAUUAUGAAAACUGCAAUAAAUGAAGUUGAACUGCUGCAAGACCUGGUGAACAGGAGCCUGGGCACUGCCCUUGGGCAGCAGGUCAGCAUGGAACAAGAAGGAGGAGUUGGCCCCAUCUCUCUACCUAGAAGGGCAGAAACUUUUGGAGGAUUUGACAGUCAUCAGAUGAACGCCUCCAAGUGUGGAGCAAAAGAUGAAGGCGACGAUGCUCAGGACCUUCGGAGAACGGAGUCGGACAGCAUUUUAAAGAAGGGUGGAAAUGCUAAUCUGAUGUUCAUGUUGAAAAGGAAUAACGAGCAGGUCCUCCAAACCAUUACCAGCCUCCAUAAGCUGCUCAGUGCUUUGCAGGGUGUUGUGCUGCAGCAGGACACCUACAUUGAGGAUCAGAAGCUGGCUCUGAGCGAGAGGGCUCUGACCCGAAGCUUCUUCCGGCCGACAUCACUGUUGGAGCAGGAGAAGCAGCGAAACUUGGAGAAGCAGCGCCAGGAGUUGGCUAACCUGAAGAAGCAGCAAACACAGCACCAGGAGGAGAGGCGGAGAAGAGAGAAGGAGUGGGAAGUUCGGGAGAAGGAGCUGGCGGAGCAAGAGGCCCACUUGGCCCAGCGAGAGGAGCAGGUCCAGAGAGGAUGGCAGGAUCUCGAGCGGGAGCGGGAAGAGCUUCAGCUGAAGAAAGCCUCCUACCAGCUUGACCUGGAGAGGCUUCGUACAGCACAGAAGCAGCUGGAAAGGGAGAAGGCACAGUUCAAGCAAGACAUGGAGCGAUUAGCUCAAAUGCGGCAGGAGCCUGACCACAACCAGGUUUCAAAUCUACAUGAGAAACUUGCAAGAGUCCCCUCCCAGUCCAGCAUCGAUGACUCCUCCAAGCAGAAGAGCCCUUCCUUUCCUAAACAAGGGCACUUUCAUUCAGAACUGUCUGUCUCCCCUAAAAGGAACAGUCUUUCAAGGACACACAAAGAGAAAAGCACUUUCCAUUUGCUUAGCACAAACCAGACUAACAAGGCAGCUGAGGAACAGGCCCAGAUGCCUACCCGCCUCUUCAGUUUAGCCAAACCAAAGGAUAAGAAGGAAAAGAAGAAAAAGGGCAGGGGACAUCGCUCCCAACAGUCUGAUUCUCACUCAUCAGAAGCACCUCCAGAGGGUGAGGAGAUCUUCUGCUGAGCAUGGACUCUUCCACUGGUCACUCUCAGCAUUGGUACAGUGGACACCUCCCUGCCUGCUCCACAGCAUGCUGCUGGUGCCUGCAUCUGACAAGCAUCUGGAGAUUUAAAUUAAAACGCGUUAUGAAGUCUGUUAAGUGGUGGGAAAGGGCCUCUCUCCUGUGGUUUUGGGUGAAUUCUCACCUAAGAGACUGACUGCAUGGCGAAUAGUACCAUCUCUCUGUGCAAACCUUGGGUUAAAUGGAUUGGGAUAGAUGUUUUCUGUCUCUUCUCACUGCUAAAGGAUGAGAGAACGUAGCCUUAAGGGGUCCGUGCCUUCAAAUUCCCUUUUUCUGGGGAACGUAACCAAAACCAAGCAUUUAGCAAAAGAUUAGGACUCUACAAAUGGUGCGUACACACUGGCAUAUAUAGAUAUAUUGUAUAUAUACAUAUAUGUAUCUAUGUAUCCACUGGGAUAUGCCUACGGUGUACAGCCAAGCUUAGCUCGGCCCGUGGGGAUAGAUAAUACCUGAUGAUUUUCAGGGAGCGUGUAGAUAUUAAAUAUCUUGCCCUUACUGUCCAAUUGUGAUGCCAUUGACUUGCACGCCCCUUUUGUGCUCAUGGUAUAUGGACUGUUUGGUUUUGGAAAGGUACCUUCCACCAGGAAGCAGAAACAGCAUUCAAAUCAAAACUUCAGGGCCCGGAGCGGGAGGAGGGGAAAGUAAUCCUGAAAGAUUUCCAUGGGGCAGAGGAUUUCAAUGUCAGAUUGUUUCCAGAAUCAAGCAGAAUGUCUUUGGGUAUAUUUAAAACUAUGCAGAGAAGAGAAAUUCAGUAGGUUUGUAAGGUAAGCCCAGGGAGCCAGAACAGUGUUCAAGUGGGAACAACUCUAAACAACGCUUUUUUACACAAUCUUUUUGAGCUUCAGUUCACUCCUUCCCAUCCCCUAAGUAAAGAUGAUUUUUUUGGCCAGAAUAUAGUUCUCCAGUUGCUUUUGACAUCUCUUCCCUACAAGCCUUACUGGAGAGAUGACUGAAAAAUCCACUUUAAGGAAAUUUGGUUCUGUUAUUUAUACUUUUCUAUUGCCACCUUUUGUGUUACCGUUGAGCUUCUAUUUCUCUGGAUUUUGUCGGCUUCCCUUGCUUGUUUCUAAGGCAGAAUGAGACAACAGCAAUUUCAGAGCACUUCAGUGAGAUGUCGCAGGUCAGAGGACUGAGUGCUGUGUGCAGAGUGAACCCCAAGGACGUGGCUCCUGGACCCUAUGCCUAUACAAUACCGUGCACUUACAUUAUACUGUGCAUUUUGGGAGACAGAAUACAUUCUUAUGGGCAGAAAUGCUGUGGGACAGGCCCAGAGGUGCAGCGUAGAAGGUGUGUUUGUACCACCGUGAGCUCUAGGGUGAAAGCGUCCAUGUGUCCCCAUGUCACCAUCAGCAGAAGGGGAAGGUGUGAGGGUGGCUCUUGUGCCGACUGUGAGGUAUUUGUACAGUUGUUGAAUACAGGGAUGUGUUCUGUGGGGGAAAAGAAAUGCAGCAAGCCAAACUUUUUUUCCAAAAUUAUUGUGCUUCCAAACCCCCUCAGGCAAAUUGCCGGAGUGGAUUUGUAACAGGUUACGAGACGCCAUCAUCUUCAAAUUCGCUCAAGAAUUUGCUCAGUUUGAAGCUGUCAGGUGCAUUUCCUUUCCUACCAGUUUUUCUUUAAAAGAAAGAAUACAUCUCUCCUUGCACUAUUGUUUGAUUUCAGUUUUCUCUCUGGCUUCUCACAGGCUAGUGACCCCCCCAGCAGUUUUCAGAAUUGGGUGCUGAUGAGUAUCAGCAGUGUUGAUGGUGAGGUGGAUGCUUAGGCUGAUCUUUCUCAGUCAGUGUAGGAAUCCUAAGCCGCCUGCUUGCUUUGGAAGCUCUCUAAACUAUUAUGACUUAAAAAAAACAACACCAGAGGAAAGGAAAAAGAUUUGAGAUUUAUUUUAUUUUGGUUUGGUUUUUUUUUAAUAUUAUUUGGUGCUUGUUCUUAAUUGCAAGCAGGGCUUGCAAAAAAUAUUUAUCUUUCUGUUUAUUUGAAAGAGUUCUUUUUUUAAAAGAAGUUUACUUGGUUUUAUUUUUUUAUUUCUUUUUACUUUUUGUUUUGAUUUUGUUUGAGGUUUUGAGGGGUGGUUUGUUUUUUUUUCCUUCCCUUUUUUUUUUUUUUGUUUUCUUACCAAGAGAUUGGUAAAACAAAUGUUCUUACCUCCCUGGUUACUACAGACCUGGGGUCUGGGCAGUGCUGCUUAGCAGCCUAUGCCAUGCUGAGAGUUACACAAUUUCAACUGAGAGCUUUCUUGAAGGCAGAGCAUCUUUGGGCCAAAAACAGUCUGGAAAAAAGCAGCAGUGACUUCAGACAAGAUUUCUCGUAUCAGUUAGUUUCCUUAUUUAAAUAUUUUCUUUAGGUUUUCUCAUACCUCUUGGAAGCAAAGGAAAAAGCAAAACAUGCGGUGAUGUGAGGGUCUGGUCACUUGUCCAGGGAGAUUCAGCCAGCUCCUCCCUUGAACCUGAAAUGAGCUGGAGGAGGCAUGUGCUGGUGGUGUAGUGUUACCGUUUUCAUAAGAAAAAAACUGUUUUCACAAUAUAACUUCUGCCCUGCUAUUUGUACAUCUGUGAAAAUGCGUGUGCCAAGCUGAAAUUUUUGGAAACCAAAGCAGUGGCUCAUUUAGUGUUGUGUAAGCAGAGGUCAGGUGGAUGGUACUUCUAAAAGUUCCCUUUGGUCUGCAAUAGCCUUUGCCAGUAUGAGCUUUUGUUUUCAUCCCACUGUCAUAUUCUCAGAACAUCUUGAAUUUACAGCACGGGAGCAUCCUAUGACUCCAAGGAGGACACCAAAAUGGAGAUGUGUGACGUGGAGUAGCAGGGUGAGUCUCUACCUGGCUUGACCAUCUCUUCUGACCUGUGCAAAUCAAAAAGAGCAGUCAGUGCCCUGAGUGAAAAUCGUAUUUGCUCAGUGUUCUUCUAAGGUCCCCAUGGUUCCUUGUUAAAGAAACCAUGGGUGUGAGUCAGAAAUGUACUGACCAGGAAGACUGCCUAUCCAAGCUGGCUGUGUCUUAAAUUCUGGACAGACCUUUGUCCCUGAAGAAUGUAUAUUACUGUAUGAUUCACUUUUUUGGAAUGAAGCCUUUACUCCCACAAUGCUUCCUCCUUCUUUCACCUUUAGAAAAGCGAGGGCUUGGUUUUAUCUCUUUAGCCUUUUAUUUUUCUCCUCUUAAGUUUUCUUUGGAAAGGCUUGGCAUAGGUUCCCAGAGUUGGAUUCCCACUCUCAUCACCGCAGGUUGCCUAGAGUUGUCUGCUAGAUUAUGGUUCCAGCUUUACAGCACCAAAGCCUUUCCUCUUCCUGGUCUUAAAGUAGUGUUUGCUCCAGUUCCACACCUGGCAUCCAUCCUACAGUCAUUGAAAGCAUGUUAUUUCUUCAGCCCUACUUGAUGCUGUGUCUGGUUCCCAGAGCCAGUCCCUUGAUCCCUUUUGGAGCACUCAAACCACUCUGUUUUGCAUUGGAUUCCUGGGACACAAAGCACACUCAAAAAUGUCUGUGCAAUGCCCAUAUUGUGAGAGGGGGAAAGGACCGUAAAGGAGGAGAAAAAUCAGACUUUGUUUUCUUGGGCUUUUCUUUGCCUGUUCUUUGUCACUGCCCAACAGAAGGGAUUUCAAUGACCAGGGAAGUGGGAGUACAGGCUCAGGUGAAAUACAAAAGCAGUCAGUAUUAGCUGGGGGUGCCAGAAUAGCCCAGCGAUAGAGAGUUGCUGUAGGAAAUGGUGUGAGACUCAGAGUGUGUGGAGUUGGCCUUAGCUUCUUUUAAAUUAAGUGAUCAUCUCAACAUGUAACAUGAUGUCAGUUUGAUGCCAUAAAGCACUUUAAAUGGAACUGGUCUUGUCCCUUUUUAUUUUGGUUACAUGGAGACAAUUAGUUUAGCCAUUACUCCCCUCUCUGCAUCCCCAGCAAAAUCCAAGCAGCAAGUAGGCAUAUUUCUGGUUUGAUUUGGCUUUACCCUGGAGGAGAGAGGGUCAAGCUUUUUGUAUUGUUUUUAGACCGAAGUGAAUUUGAAUCUGGCUACAGUCCCACUGCAGACUGGGUGAGUGGUAGGACUAGAGAACUGGCUUCUGAUGGCUCAGGUAUAUCCCCCUCGGGAGAGCCCAUGCUGGUGUCACCGUCACCUUCCUCACAGCAUGUGCUGCUGCCACUAAGGAAGCUGUCCCGCUGGUAGUUUGCCCUCUACCUCCUUUUCCUUGGAGAAACCCGGAGCAGAGGAGGUAGAGGGGGAUUCAACCAAAUAAGUGAAGUGAGGCUUUUUCCGUGCACUAAGUUAUUUACUGUCCGGGCCAUUGGGAGACUUCCCAAGUGCCAUCCCUGGGGCAGGAGCUCUCCCCACUGCUGAGGGUGGGCUCUUCACUCUUGAAGUUUGACCACUGCUGAGCAGCACAGUAAUGUCAUUGGUUUGUGCUGCCUUUUGAAGGCAAAAGCAUCCAUAGAGUUUGAUCAUCUUUGCACCUUUCUUGAGGCACUAGAAUAUCUCAAAGCUGUUGCUGAAACACUCAAAUCCAGUCCUUCCAAAUGCCACCAAGGCAGAAGAGGUUUAUCAGGUGCCAAAUCCCAAGGAAGCUGUCUAGGAUAUCUGGCACAGGUGAGGGAGGACUGGGCAGGGGCCAUGAGAGAGUAUAUGCUAAAAUCCCACAAAACAUUCCUUGUUAACCAGAACUCUGGAAAUUAUUCUGCCUGCUGGCCAGGUUGGGGAAUUUAACAUAAUUUAAGACACCCUUUGAAAUAACAAACCUCCCUACUGCUCAUAACUCUUGCUUCAUUUGUCAGAAGGGGCGGCAAUCAGUUAUUCUUGAUCCAGUGAUGCAGCUAAGUUUUAAAGAUAGGCGAGCUGAACUGGCUUAGUCUCAUACACCUCAUGCUCUUUAGUGACAGGAAAUGCUAGCUAGCUCCCUUCCACCUGCAUUUUUGGGGCUUGGUGCCCUUUUUUCCACACACAUUUCACUGACACUGAUGCUUUGCCCAAAUGUAUUCAGCUUCCAUUGCUUGGGGGGAGGAGGGAACAGGAUAACAUUCACUGCUUUGCAUACAGCUGUAAGCUUCGUAUGUAUUAAAGCUGUCUGUCAGUAUCCAUCUUUUCCAUGUUCUAAAGUAUUUUACUGUUCUUUAUCAAUAUUAAACACUGACUCAAAAAAAAAAAAAGAAAAAGAUAUAAAAAUCUAUGUCCAGUUCAGUUCGCCUAUGGUUAAAAGUUUAGCCUGGUGUUUAUUUUGUACUAAUAUGAAAUGCACUUGAGUAAUUCCCAGAGCAUUGAGGUGUAUUGUAAUAACCUGAUAUACCUCUGCUUUUGGUUUGUUUCUUAAGAUAAAUAAAUAAAUAAAGAUGCUUUGCAUUUUCAUGUUGAACCCAUAAAAAAAAAAGUUUUAAAAAAAAAGAAUUUUUUAAAAAGAGGGUAAAUCCUAAUUGCUGUAUGUUAAUUUGUAAUUAUGUAAAAAGUGAGCAGGUUAUUGACUGUAAAAUUCUUCAGUUUUUCUGUAACUUGCCAGGAACCAUUAGGUUUUGUAACAAGCUUUUAUUUAUCUUCCUUUUUAGUUAUCAGCGUCAACCUCUUGUAAAGUCAUUUUUCCUCUUAAUAAAUUUGAUUUUAAGUCUGAGUUUUCUGCCCAAU